AUAUUUUCAACAACAACAACAACGAUAAUAAUCCACAAUUCGCCAUCAUAAUCAUCUAAUAAAUCUUGUCAAAAAAUCAAGUACGUUAAACGAAACAACAACAAAAAUGUUUGGACAUCGAACAAUCGGACAAUUAUCAUUAUCAUCAUCAUUAUUCAUAGCCAACAUAAUCAUUAUAUUAAUAUUUCUUGUACCAAGAUUAUUUGGUCAUCAUGUUGUCACACAAAUAUCAUUAUAUUAUGAAACAUUAUGUCCGGAUUCAAGAAAUUUUUUCCGUAAUCAAUUAUAUCCAACAUAUGAAAAAUUAAAUCGUUAUAUGGAUGUUGAAUUAGUGCCAUUUGGUAAUGCUAAUGUUAGUUAUCCUCGACAUGAUAAUAAACCAGUAUUUCGUUGUCAACAUGGACCAAAAGAAUGUUAUGGUAAUCGUGUACAAUCAUGUACAAUUGAAAUGUUAAAAAAUACUGAUCUUUCAAUAAGAUUUGUACAUUGUAUGUUUGAUCAAAAAGAUUGGUUAGAAACAUCACAAACAUCACGUCGGUGUGCCGAACAAAUGCAAUUAGAUUGGCCAAAAAUAUCAUCAUGUGCUGAUGGUAGUGAAGGUGAACGUUUAUUAAUUGCAAAUUCAUUAAAAACAUUCAAUCUAAAUCCUGAACAUACAUAUGUACCAUGGAUUGUUAUUGAUAAAAAUCAUACUGCACAAAUGCAAACAAAUGCUGAAACUAAUCUAUUAGGAUAUCUUUGUGAACAUAAUUUCAAUCAUGAACCACAAAUUGAUCAAUGUUCAAAAGAAGCAAUCAGUCUAAGUCAACAUUUACAUAAUAAUUCAAUCAAGCCUAAAGCAACUUUAACUAUUAUAUCGAUCAUGACCGCAACAACUAUCAUAUUAAUGUCAUUGAUUUUUGGAUAGACAAUCAACAAACAAACGAAAAUUUCCAUUUGAAUAAUAAUAACCAUUUUGUUUCCCGGUAAAAUGAAUCAGGAAACUUCAACAAAAAAAAAAGUGAAAAUUUUCUCAAUUCUUUUGAAUUUUAUCGUCAUCGUCGUCGUCGAAGACUGUGCUGUGCUGCCCGUGGUAACAAAAAUUUCCUAUGAAUUUCUUCCACUGUAAAU